AUGUUCGAUCCUGAGGUUGGCGUUAAUGUUCUCCUCGCCGCUGACGUUGGUGUUUGUGUUGUUGUUGUGUUAGCUGCGGAGAUCGCUGUUGUUACUGCGUUUAUUGCUGAGUUGGGUGUUGUUAUUAUGUUCGCUCCUGAGGUCGGCGUCACUGUUGUGCUAGCCGCUGACGUAGGUGUUCUUGUUAUAUUCGAGGUCGGUGUUGCUGAUGUUGUUGUGUUCGGUGGGGAGGUCGCUGGUGUUGCUGUGUUUGUUGCUGAGUUGGGUGUUGUUGUUAUGUUCCCGAGUUCGGCGUUAAUGUUGGGUUAUCCGCUGACGUUCCCGUUGUUGUUGAUGUUGUGUUCGGUACGGAGGUCGGUGUUGUUGCCGUGUUCGCCGUUUCACCCGUUAUUGUUGUUAUUGUGUUCGCGGCAGAGGUCCGUGCAGUUGUUGUGUUCGCUGCUAAGGGCGGUGUCACUGUUGUGUUUGUUGCUGAGAUCGGUGUUGUUCUUGCUACAAAUUUAUUACAAAGAAAAGCGAAUUAA